AUGUCGCUCCUCGGUCUGCGUCUCCGCGCCUCCCUCCGGCCCUUGGGUGCGCGCGCCAUUUCCACCCCCCCACAACGGCCCGCCAACCCCCUCGCCUCGGUCGCCGGCGACCUCAUGCCUUCGUCCCUCCGCGAGCCGGCCGAUCCCGACGCGUGGUGGCGCGGUAACGACCUCUCUCAGCAUCAUGGCAAGCCGGGGAACCAGUACACUGGGCGUUCGAUGCCCGUGCGUAACUUUAUCGCCCAGUUCCGCAUGUUGCAGGGAAGCCUGAAGCGGAGUGGGAUUACCAACGAGUUCCGCCGUGUCGAGUAUUACGAGAAGCCGAGUGCGGAGCGUGUGCGCCUUGCGAGUGAGCGGAACAGGCGGCGGUUCCAGGAGAAUAUCCGCAGGCGCGUCCAGCAGGUCCAGGCGCUCCGUAGCCGCAAGUAG